AGAGAAGGGCGGAAGAGGCCUGGAAGAGAAAGUGGCAGGAGUUGACUGUGAGGCUGGAGCCCAAGUGGCCAGCAGUUGGAGACGAAGGCCAGGACUUUAGCUACCGCAUGUCAUCCAUCGUGGGGCUGGCUUGCGUUGCACCAACUGCUCCAGUCAGAGAGGUGCCCUCAUGCCUUCUCCCGCGGACCAUGUCCAUGAUCUUUUCUGCCACUGUGGUACGGGUGAGGGACGGACUGCCUCUCUCGGCCUCCACUGACUUCUACCACACCCAGGAUUUCGUGGAAUGCAGGAAACGGCUCAAGACCUUGGCCCAGCGACUGGCCCAGUGUCCAGGCCGAGGUUCCGCUGAAAGCUGUGACUUCAGUAUACAUUUUUCGUCUUCCGGGGAUGUGGCCUGCAUGGCUAUCUGCUCCCGCCAGUGUCCUGCAGCCAUGGCCUUCUGCUUCCUGGAGACACUGUGGUGGGAAUUCACAGCAUCCUAUGACACCACCUGCAUUGGCCUAGCCUCCAGGCCGUAUGCUUUCCUCGAGUUUGACAGCAUCAUUCAGAAAAUGAAGUGGCACUUUAACUACGUGAGCUCCUCCCAGAUAAAGAGCAGCAUGGAAAAAAUUCAGGAGGAGCUUGAGGUCCAACCCCCAGUGAUUCUCACUCUGGAGGACACAGAUAUGGCAAAUGGGGUGAUGAACGGUCACACACCAGUGCACUCAGAACCUGAAGCUCCCAAUGUCCGAAUGGAGCCAGUGACCGCCCUGGGCAUCCUCUCCCUUGUCCUCAACAUCAUGUGUGCUGCUCUGAACCUCAUUCGUGGGGUUCACCUUGCAGAACAUUCUCUACAGGUUGCCCAUGAGGAAAUUGGAAACAUCCUGGCUUUUCUCAUUCCUUUUGCAGCCUGCAUUUGCCAGUGUUACCUGUACCUGUUCUACAGUCCAGCCAGGACUAUGAAGGUGGUGCUGAUGCUGCUCUUCAUUUGCCUAGGCAACGUGUACCUGCACGGGCUGAGGAACCUCUGGCAAAUCCUUUUCCACAUAGGGGUGGCUUUCCUCUCUUCCUAUCAGAUACUGACCAGGCAGCUUCAGGAGAAGCAGUCAGACUGUGGAGUAUGAGGCCGGACCCUUGGAUGUCCUUCUGGGAGUCAAUCUGUGUUUCCUGUCCUGCUUCUCAAGUUUCCAUCCUUGAAGCUUCUUUCAACCAAGCUGACUGAAAAACCAAGAAUGGGGGAUUUUUAACGGACACGGCCGAAGUUGUGAGCUCUCCCGAUUCCCAGGCUUGGCUUCAUGCCGUGUGUGACUGCAGAAUUUCCAGUUGAGCACAUUUCUUGGGACAGCCGAGCCGGGGGCUCACUCAGGAAGGUCAGAAUGGAAAUAUUUAGGUCUUUUAAAUUGAGUGACACAAUAAACCACUAGAUUGGAUAACACUAGCUUUAGCAAUUGGCAGUUGUCUGUGAGGAGCCAGUUUAUAAUCUAAAUGUGACUUGGUGAGUUGUUUGUAGAGAGUCAGUACAGGGUGAAUUAGAAACUUAAAAAUAUGGUUCCUAUACAUAAGCCAGAUAAAUUGUGUUUACAUUUUUGAUAAGUUGAGUUCAAUAUACCUUUGGAAUAUUUAAAUAUAUUUUUGGAUAUAUGUUGAACUUCAUUUAGAGUAAAGAUAGACAAAAGCUGAGAAAAUGGUCAGGAAAUUCAAGUUUAAUUUAUAUGUAAAUUUUGAUGGCAGUGGGACUGUGUGGGUGUAGAAGUGUUUGUAUUUAUUUGCAGGUUAGGUCUGAAAACUUUUACAGUUGCUUGAGUAACCAGUACUACUGGAUCGUAGGGUUAUAAGCAUGAGCAGAAAUGAGAAUUUCAAGGAUUCCUUACAACUGGGCACAAAUUGGAGUGGGUGAAUGAUGUGGAUCCAGUGACACUUAGAAGCCUGUUCUUUUAAUGCUGAUGAAUACUUGGCCCUGUGUACCUGUUCCCAGAAGACCUCCCAAAUUAAUUACCCCUGUACACCUUUCCCAGGGCUCUUAAUUAUAUCAAUAGGCCUCUUUUGUUUUGUUUUGUUUUGGAAUGAGAGUUAAAUGGAUUUCAGCUUCCUGAAGCUUUCUGAGAUAGAACUAACAUAUGCUCUGAAGAGUUAGCUUCUUUCAUUGCCAAAAAAUGCGCUAAUCAUAAUUGCCCAAAAUACAGUUCUGAAUAAGAUCACUUUGGUCUCCAGAAACAUCAUCCUGGGUCUCCAGGUACCCAGGAGGCUGCUUUGGGUCUUUGUUCUUUUGGAUCAUCUUUGGUGGAAGUCUGGAAUCUAAACAGUUCAUCCACAGUUGCAUGGAAUACUUUGGGUUAAAUUAUGUGCUCUUGAUGUGUUUUUGAAAACCCUGUUUUGGUAGUUUUUUUUUUUUUUUUUUUUUUUUUUAAGUGAAAAGAACAUUGGAAUUGCAGGAAGACUGAGAAUAUAGUUUUAAGGAAUUCAGUUAUAUUUGGUUAUUAUUGGUACUGUAUUGUUAUUGAGCUACCUUGGUAUCAUGUGAAGAAAAACAAGUUUAUAUGACUGGGAACUGUGUUGGGGGAGUGUUGCCAUAGUAACUAUUUUCUUAUAAUAGAAUUUUCUAUUUUUAACCUAACAUAAAAUAUCUGGAUAGGAAAAUUAUAUUGGCAGCGUUGGCUUCUCAGCUGUGCACUUCUCUGCACACUGAGCAGGUGAGUUUUCAGUCGUUCCGGGAGAUAGUUUUGAGGAGGUGGUAAAGUAAAAUGGGAAGCCAAGGAAGGGAGGAAAAAAAAUCUUUUUAAAUUAGAAGCACACGCACAUACAAAAAGCUUUGGAACUUAGAAGAACUUGAAGUGUCUCGAUUUCUUGUCUAAGCCUGUGUGGUGUUGGUGUCACUGUGUGGCUCUGUACCCCAGAUGCUUUGGGGCUCUGAGUCUUGAUCCGCAUUCAGCAAGCAGUAAAGCUGCAGCCCUGGCAGGCGGAUCUUUCUGCUGAAUGCUUCUUCCUGCUGAGGCACCAGUGCGAAUGUUAUGCAGAGCUUUGGUCUAUUAACGUGUAGCUGAAAUUUGAGAUUUACUUGUGCAAACUAAAGAGAAAAGAUGCACAAGGAAAACAGUGCAAGUAAUGACCACAAAAAUGUUGCUGAACUGAAAUCCAGCUAAAAGAAACCCCCAUUCACCAGAGGAAGAGCCUAAUGAUAGGAAUAGAAGCCCUGGUGAUUUUGUUCAAGGGAAAUCCCAGACUUUAGGUUGACUUGGUGCAGGCUUUGAAGUCUGUGGUCCCUCUGUGCAAUCCGUGACAUCCGAAAGCCAGUCCCGACCCCAUAAGUUAUUCUCACCCUACCACAGACUCAUUGCUCUUCAAGAAUCUCUGUUUUCCCAGUGAGUAAAUGCUUGCCUGCCCAACCAGCCUUGCAGGGCUGGAUCUGGGAACAGAUGAAAUCAUGUUGCAAACAAAACCUUCCCAGGUGCCUGUGGUUGUCAGAUGCUGCAGGGUUUUGAGGGUGUGUGUGUGUUAAGUUCCAUCUGCGGUAUCAGUGCUGCCAGAGUGUGGCUCAGUGCUCUGAGGUGGGGCUUCCCAACCCAGUAGCCAAAGCCCAAAGAGUUUCCACUUCCCCGGGAGGCGAAGGCAACAAGUAGAUUCUGGCUUUCCUUUCUCUAGGUUAGCCUGAUGUGAUGAGGGUUGUAUGUGUACUGCGUUCCCUUUCCAGGGUGGAAACAGCUGGGACACAUCUGGGUGGCAUUCCCACCCAGUCCAUAGGUCGGCUGCCUAUGGAGUGGGGGAGGAAGGUGAGACCUGAGGCUGUGUUUUGCUGCUUGAGCUUGUGUCCUGUUAUGACUCUGUUAAUGUACGUCGUGACCAAGGCCCCAUGUUUUAACAGCUCUUUAAGGGCUGGAGCAAAGGAUGUUGGGAGAAAUGCUGGAAUUAAAACAUGUAAUCAUUUUUAGUUGGCUGGAGGGAUGGGAAACCCACCUGUAAUAGAAUGAAUAGAGUGUGUAGAGGAGCAUCCAGGUGGGAGCAGGUGGCAUCGAGGCCCAGCCCUCUCACCCACACCCGGGGAACUAGAUGUCCAGAAGUAGUAGCAGUGUGGUGGUCAGCACCGCUCAGAGUCAGAGACACCAGCAGGCAGACAGGGCAUGAGAAGCAGGGGACCUGAGGGGAGCAGAGCCAGGGGCUGACUGUCUGCAAGAAGGCAGCAGCUGCCCCUUGGAGUCUGUCACUCAUCGUCACAUGCAAGACAGUGGUCCUUGGAGACCCUGCUGCUUGCUGGCACGAUGCAGUGCAAGUGAGUACAGGCGGGGAGGGGAGUGCUGGCCGCAAUCCCAUGGGCCCAGCUCAGGCAUGGCCCGCAAUCCACGUGCUCCUCCACAGAGCCCCACACCCAGACACUGUGUUAACGGUGGAGGAAGAGAGAGUGGAUGCGCCCGUGAGAGAUGAGGCAGGGGAGGUGAUAGAGACGGAAACACCGGGUGAGUGCAGUGUUUGUGUGCAGGCAGAGGAAGUCUGUGAGUUCACCUGGUGCGCACAGGUUCUGCAUGUGUCAGACACAUAGGACGGGUGUGACUGGCCUUUACGAAAAGGCGUCGUAUGGUACUGCAGUGUGCAUAGCCUUGUUCUUCCGCUCCAGAAAGGUAGCAGCCUCCCGCUGCCCAGGCCCAGCACCCAUGAUACCAUUGAGGUUUCCCUGUGCUGCUGGUUGGACCAAAUGUUGCAGUCUGUCCUCUACCCAACCCGGGAGAUCUCUGGUUCUCCUCCAUGGGAGCGGUGACGUCGAGUGGCUGUUGCUGGGGAGACCUUGUCGGCAGGGACCUGUGGCAAAGGGCUCGUCCGUAAAAUCUGGGAAUGGCAGGAUGUGGCAACACCUGCCCCUGUGUACCAAGGGCAGAGUUGCUGCCCACCAGCGCCUGUAUUUAGGCUAAAAUGAAACCCGUUCUGUUCUUCUGACCAGUGCUUCGUACACAUGAGCUGCUUUAACCCUUACAGGAUUCUGGAGCUGCUUCAGACAGUGUUAUGAGCCAUUCAUACAACUUAACUCCCAGGAUUCUGUUUUGCUUAAUAGACUUUUCCUGCUAAGAGCAUAAAAAAUCAAAGUCACUGUUGUAGCCAGGGCAGGCCACAGGACCACACACACUCAUGUGGAGUGCUUGCCACCCGUGUCGUGCAAGUUUCUGACUGUCUUCGUGUAACUGAGCAAAUGAUGGGGCCCCUGAACAAACUGCACAUGAUAGUGAGACCUAAACUUGUGUUAAGGUGCGUACAGAACGUUGUAGAGCCGUUUAUAUACUGUGUAUAUAUCAAUUAAACGAGGUGGCUUCAGAAGUGAGAGGAGAAUAAAUCUAAAGUGU